GAGAUUCCCUCCGAGAAAUCUAGUACCAGCAAACUGCACUUUUCGCUCCUCGUCAUCGUUUCUCGCAAUUCCUAAUCGAAUCAAAUGCGAAACCCUAGUGGAACGAUUCUUUACCCUUGAUCCUGCAAAUCUCCUGAGGCUUGAUUUGCACCGGAAGGGGUGCAAAAAUGGCGGAGGAUAGCAGCACAGACGGAUCGGAGAAGGAAGAAAUUGACAGCGCUGGUGAUGGUCGCGUAGAUUUGGCGUCCAUAGAUUCUGUUGAGUCUAGAUGGGUUUUUCCGGACGAGGAUGAUUCCGAGAUCAGCGCUGAAGACGAUCACGAUGGAUACGACGGCACCGGGAUGGAAUCCGAUGAUGAAGAGAUCUUGGAGCAACGAUUGAUCCGAACCGGUCCACGCGUUGAUUCCUUCGACGUGGAAGCGCUCGAAGUUCCUGGAGUUCAGAGGAAUGACUAUGAGGACAUGAGCAUGGGGAGGAGAGUGAUGCUUGCCUUUCAGACAUUGGGAGUUGUCUUUGGCGAUGUAGGAACAAGUCCAUUGUAUACGUUCAGUGUGAUGUUCAGUAAAUCACCUGUGAAGGAAAAAGAAGAUGUCAUCGGGGCAUUGUCACUAGUGCUAUAUACCUUGAUCUUGAUUCCCCUUGUUAAAUAUGUUCUCGUUGUUCUAUGGGCAAAUGAUGAUGGGGAAGGGGGGACCUUUGCAUUGUACUCGUUAAUAUGCCGUCAUGCCAAGAUUAGUCUCAUCCCAAAUCAACUCCGUUCAGAUGCACGCAUAUCGAGUUUUAGAUUGAAGGUGCCAUGCCCUGAACUUGAACGGUCGCUGAAAAUCAAAGAAAAACUCGAGAAUUCGUCGAUCUUGAAAAGGCUUCUCCUCAUUUUAGUUCUUGCGGGAACUUCCAUGGUGCUUGCUGAUGGGGUUGUGACUCCAGCAAUGUCAGUCAUGUCAGCUGUUGGUGGCCUGAGGGUCGGAGUAGACGCAGUUGAACAGGAUCAAGUGGUGAUGAUUUCUGUUGCCUUUCUUGUGAUUUUGUUUAGUGUACAAAAGUACGGGACAAGCAAAAUGGGGCUUGUAGUAGGCCCUGCUUUACUUAUAUGGUUUUGUUGCCUUGCUGGCAUUGGAAUUCACAACCUGAUCAAAUAUGAUACCAGUGUUUUUAGAGCUUUCAACCCUGUCCAUAUCUAUUAUUUCUUCAAGAGAAACUCCAUAAAUGCAUGGUACGCCCUUGGAGGCUGCCUUCUCUGUGCUACAGGGUCAGAGGCAUUAUUCGCAGACCUUUGCUACUUUUCCGUGAGAUCUGUUCAGCUUACGUUUCUGUUUCUCGUGUUCCCAUGCCUCCUGCUGGGCUAUUUGGGACAAGCGGCAUAUCUUAUGGAGAAUCAUACUGAUGCAACUCAAGCUUUCUUUUCAUCUGUUCCGAGCGCAGCAUUCUGGCCCGUUUUUCUCAUUGCAAACAUCGCCGCUCUGAUCGCUAGCCGCACAAUGACGACGGCGACAUUUUCGUGUGUUAAACAGUCAACAGCUUUGGGUUGUUUCCCUCGUCUUAAAAUUAUCCACACCUCUCGGAAAUUUAUGGGCCAGAUCUAUAUUCCCGUCAUAAACUGGUUCCUCCUCGCCGUCUGUCUGGUCGUCGUCUGCUCAAUCUCAAGCAUCUACGAAAUCGGAAAUGCUUACGGGAUUGCAGAGCUAGGAGUGAUGAUGACGACGACAGUCCUAGUGACAUUGAUCAUGCUUCUUAUAUGGCAGAUAAACAUCGCGAUCGUGGUUACAUUCCUGCUAAUUUUCCUGGGAGUGGAGUUGAUCUUUUUCUCGUCGGUUUUAGCAAGUGUUGGGGAUGGAAGCUGGAUAAUAUUGGUUUUUGCCAUAAUCAUGUUUUGCAUAAUGUACAUCUGGAACUACGGGAGAAAGCUCAAGUACGAAACUGAAGUCAAACAGAAGCUAUCGAUGGAGUUAAUGCGAGAACUCGGUUGCAAUCUCGGUACAAUAAGAGCUCCCGGUAUCGGUUUACUGUACAACGAGUUAGUGAAAGGAGUGCCUGCGAUAUUCGGCCAUUUUCUGGCCACACUUCCCGCAAUCCAUUCCAUGGUUAUCUUCGUGUGCAUAAAGUAUGUUCCCGUUCCAGUCGUCCCCCAGAAUGAACGGUUCCUCUUCAGACGUGUAUGUGCCAAAAGCUAUCACUUGUUCCGUUGCAUUGCCCGAUAUGGGUACAAGGAUGUAAGAAAGGAAAACCACCAAACAUUCGAGCAGAUGCUGAUCGAGAGCCUCGAGAAAUUUAUCCGACGGGAAGCUCAAGAACGUUCGCUCGAGAGCGACGGUGGGGGCGAAGAUUCGGACUCAGAGGAAGAGUUUGCGGGGUCAAGGGUUCUCAUCGGCCCGAACGGAAGCAUGUACUCUCUCGGCGUCUCUCUCCUGUCCGAGUACAGAGACAUGAACAAACCCAUCUUCGAACCGAACAACACAUCCUCCUCGGAUUCCACGGCGUCAGAAUCGGAGCAGAGCCUGGAGAGGGAGCUGUCGUUCAUACACAAAGCCAAAGAAUCAGGCGUGGUAUAUCUGCUCGGCCAUGGGGAUAUAAGAGCGAGGAAGGAAUCAUGGUUCAUAAAGAAGCUGGUGAUAAAUUACUUCUACGCGUUCCUGAGGAAGAACUGCAGGAGAGGAAUAGCUAACCUGAACGUGCCUCACUCGCAUCUCAUGCAGGUCGGUAUGACAUACAUGGUCUGA